AUGCAACUUUUUCUACAAUUACUCCAGUCUUUAACGGUGAUUGGGCUCGGGGCAACACUAUACUUAUAUUAUUAUACCUUAUUUUGUCACUGGCAGUGGACAGAUGCCGAAAUAAGAAUACUUUUUUUAGCGGACCCUCAAAUUGAGGGAGAUGCCAAAAUUGUUAAACAAGGAAUUAGAGGUGAAAUUGAUCUCAUUGCCAAUGAUUUAUAUUUCCGCCACAUAUAUACCUCCUUCGUAUCGCCUUACUCUUUAUUUAGGCCUCCUCCCACACAUGUAAUAAUACUCGGUGAUUUAUUCUCUAGUCAAUGGAUUGGUGAUCGAGAGUUUGAGAAACGUGUGCAACGGUACAAAUGGAUUUUUGGUGAUCCCAAUAAUGAAUACACGCAUAAAUUAAUUAAUUUGACGGGAAAUCAUGAUAUCGGGUAUAAUCGUGAUAUGACGCGUUCUCGAGUUGAUCGUUGGGAACGAGAAUUUGGGAAAAUGAACUUUGUCGAAAAAAUACCUAUUAAAAACGAGUUUAAUAAUAGAGAGGAGGGAGAAAACGAAGAUGAAGAUGAUGAAUCUGGAAUUCAUCAUUUAAUUGUAGUUAAUGCGCAGAAUAUUGAUGGACCAGCACGGGAUGAGUAUUUGCGUUCUGAAACGUGGAAUUUCCUUGAUUCAGUUGUUGCCGAACGUGAAAAGAAUUAUCAUGCGCCAUUUAUAUUGCUUUCUCAUAUGCCAUUACAUAAACAGGCGGGUAUAUGCGUGGAUUGGCCGAUGAUAAGCUAUGAUCAAUUCAACUUUAUAAAAGAACAAAAUCACUUAUCCCCGAACGCGAGCAAAUUCAUUCUCACGCGAUUAAAACCUCACUUCAUAUUCGCAGGACACGAUCACGAAGGUUGUGAUGUGACACAUGUAGCACGGGUUAUAAACAAAGAAACAAACGAUCACUGGAUCGAGUCAUACAGAACUGAAAAUUUCGAACCUAAUAAGAACGAAAUAUUGUCGGGGGAUGGUGGGCGCGAGUUUAUAGUUCGAGAGGUCACCGUUAGAUCUACAAUGGGUGAGUAUGGGGGUAAUGCAGGAUUAUUUGAAAUUAGACGCAGAAAUAAGAAGAUAGAUGCAGUCACUGAUGAUGAAGACGAUGAAGAAUUCGAAUACCAUUAUUCUUCAUGUCCGUUUGUGAUAAAUCAUAUUCCUUGGGGUGUUUUUGUGAUUGACAUUAUCGUGAUUAUUGGGUGGAUUUCUCGUGGACUUUUUGUUAUUGGCUCAUUACUAUUUAAAAAUAAUGUAUAUAAAUAUUGGAAGAUUCAGGGAUUAUCUACUAUGACACAGAUUCCAAUAGAGAAUGGCAAGAAAUUGCUAUAA